AUGUAUAUACAUCUCAGCAUUGCGAUUAUUAUUGUUUUAGUUAUAAAAUCAAGUGUUAAUGCUAUUGAUGUUUGUAAACUUUGUCAAUGUUCUGACGAUUUAACAUUGAUAAAUUGUGACAAAAAAGGAUUGCAAAACCUUGAUAAUAUUGAUUUUCCAUCGAAUGUUAAAACGUUGACACUUAUUAAUAACAGCCUCAAAUUUGAUACAAUAAAUGAUCGUACAAAAAUCGAAUCUCUACCGAAAUUAACUAAUCUAAUUCUUAAUCAGAAUCCACUUGAAAUAAUUCCACCAUUUAACAUACGAACCUUACAAUUUCUUUCAUUAGAAGAUACAUCAUUAACAUCUGCUGAAUUUCCUAUAUCUUAUAAUAAUUCUUCUCUACAACGAAUUUCACUUAGUAAUAAUAAAAUUCAUUCGAUAAAUGAAACUGAUUUUUUAGUUUUACAUAAUUCACAAUUAACUGAAUUAUCUUUGAAAAAUAAUCAAUUAAAAUCUUGUGAAUUUCUAUUAAAUUUACCUCGUCUGUAUUCAAUUAAUCUCGACAAAAAUCAAUUUACUUCACUUCCUGAACAAUUAACAACACCAGGAAAAAUUAGAAACUAUUCAUUUAUGCAUAAUUUCAUAACAGUUAUUGAUGAAACAUCACCAUUAAAUAUAUGGUUAAAAAAUAAUUAUACGAAUAUGAAAAUUUAUUUAACAAAUAAUUCAUUGGAUUGUUGUUUAUCUUUCUGGUUUAUACGUUUUUUAAAAAUAUCAUUUGAAAUUGUUGGAAAUGCAUCAUUAUUAACAUGUACUAGUCCGUUAAAUUUUGCAGGAAAAUUAUUGAUUGAUCUUAAUCCAGAUGAAAUGAAUUGUCAUAAUGAUAUAACGAAAAAACCUCGAGUUAUUGGUAUUAUUAGUGGAUUUAUUGGUAUUAUAAUCAUUAGUAUUGUAGCCGCAUUUAUCUGGAAUCAACGUCGUCCAUUACGUUCUGGUUAUCGAGAAAUCGAUGGCAUCGAUGAAUCAUAUGGUGGACCAGCAUUUCCAAUAUCAGAUGAAGAAAUUCAAUAA